AUGAGUUUCAAAGAUAAAGUUGUUGUAGUGACCGGUUCCAGUUCGGGCAUCGGCGCCUCCGCCGCCAUCGAGUUCGCUAAAGAGGGGGCUCACGUCGUCAUAGUUGGGAGGAACGAGACUAAGCUCGAUUAUGUACGUAAAAAAUGCGAAAAGUACGGCAAGAAGCCUCUUGUCAUUAAAGCGGACGUGUCAAAGGACGCUGACGGAAAGAAAAUCGUGGACGAAACUAUAGAGAAGUUCGGCGGGAUCGACGUGUUGGUCAACAACGCUGGGACUUGCGCAAGAGCUGACAUUACCAGUGAAAACUUUAUGGAGAGCUACGACCACAUCAUCAACGUGAAUCUGCGUGGAGUGGUGUACAUAACCCAUCUAGCUAUACCGCACCUAAUAAAAUCGAAAGGGAAUAUCAUUAACAUAUCUAGCGUGGCUGGUACUAUUACCCUUGGCUCCCCAGACGGAAUCCCGUAUAGUGUGUCGAAAGCUGGCCUGAACCAUUUCACCCGGUGCGCUGCGUUGAAACUAGCGAGCUACGGUGUCCGGGUUAACACCAUUAGUCCGGGUCCGGUCCGAACAGACAUUUUUAAUAAUCCCACCAUGGAGUCUAUAACCUGGGAGAAAAUAGGCGAAAUUACCGCCUUGAAACGUGUAAGUGAACCUGAGGAAAUCGCAGAUCUGAUCUUAUUCCUGGCAAGUGACAAAGCAAGAGGCAUCACCGGUUCCAACUUCGUAUCGGACAACGGAAUGAUGAUUGUAAAG